AUGAGUGUUAACAGUAAUAAAAAAGAAUACGAAGGUGUUAUGACUUACGAAACUUCUUCUUCAAACGAAAUUGAAAAACAACAAACUUCAAAUCAGUACACUCGUACAAUUAAUGAAAUUGUCACUGAUGGUGAUUUGGUUACUUUAGGUAAUCAUACUUAUAGACGCGGUGAUCUACUACGAGCAUUCAACGCUGAUGUAGUUCCAACUUCUAAUCAAAGACAAUUUGCUAAUCCAAUUCCAUUAGGUUUAGCUUCUUUCUCAUUCUCAUGUUUGGUUUUAUCUUUAGUUAACGCUAACGUUAGAGGUGUCACUGAAAAUAAAUUUUUAAUUUCAACUUUUAUGUUCUUUGGUGGUGCUAUUGAAUUAUUUGCUGGUCUAUUAUGUUUUGUCACUGGUGAUACUUACGCUAUGACCGUUUUCUCUUCAUUUGGUGGUUUCUGGAUUUGUUUUGGUUGUAUUAAUACUGAUCAAUUUCAUAGUAUAUCAGCUUAUGGUGAUGACACUAAAAUGUUACAAAACGUUACAGGUUUCUUCCUUGCUGGUUGGGUUGUAUUCACUUUCUUAAUGUUGAUGUGUACAUUGAAGAGUACCUGGGGUUUAUUCCUUUUGCUAUUCACCUUGGAUUUGACCUUCUUAUUCCUAUGUAUUGGUAACUUUAUCGGUAAUAAUAACGUUAGAAUGGCUGGUGGUUAUUUUGGUAUAUUGAGUAGUUGUUGUGGUUGGUAUUCUCUAUACUGUGCUGUUGCCAAUGACCAAAACACUUACUUCCCAUUAAGAGCAACUGUCAUGCCUAAUUUCCCAACUGUAUGA